CCCCAUAUCCCACACCCACGACCAAAUGUCCCCGCCGAGGCGCCUCGCCGUGCUCCACUCCCACCUCCGGCCCGAGGGCCCGGCGCCUCCCGCCGGCAGAGGCGAGAAUGAGCUGACGGAAGGGCAGGAAGCAGUGGUAUCUACCUCUCCGUGCGCCGUCGCCGGCGACGACAGCCGCGGCGCGGCGGCCGGUCCGGUGGGGGAUGGGGAGCUGGAGACCUGCGUAUUCUGCCGGAUCAUACGCGACGAGGCGCCAGCUUUCAAGGUCUACGAAGACGAUGUCUGCCUCUGCAUAUUGGAUUCUCAUCCAUUGGCUCCUGGGCAUUCCUUGAUAAUUCCAAAAUGCCAUUUUUCAUCACUCGAGGCCACCCCACCUACUGUUGUAGCAGCCAUGUGUUCCAAAGUACCUUUUCUUAGCAAUGCGAUUAUGAAGGCUACUCAGUGUGAUUCAUUCAACUUGGUGGUCAAUAAUGGAGCAGCUGCGGGACAAGUUAUUUUCCAUACCCAUUGCCACAUAAUUCCUCGUAAAUCGGGUGACGAGUUGUGGCCUACAGAGAGCUUUAGAAGGAGCUCCAUUGAGCCAAAUGAAACCUCAAAUCUUAUUAGCUGCAUCAAGGAACAGCUUGAUUCUUCUCUGAAGACUGUAAAAACUGAAGCGGCGAUGCAGAGCUGAUUCAGUUGUCCAGUCAAGUACAUAAGUACAUAAUAUGCGUUGGUGGCAUAUUUGAAGCAAUUCAUCUGUUUAUAACGAAACUUAAGUGUCAUGUUUGGAGUUGAGAAUUGCUCGAUAGUUUAUAACGUGCUUCGAUAUACGUUUAGCAGUUUCAAUAGGACUGAUACCGUAAGCACUGUAUAAAAUAUUGCAACCGAGCUAAAUAAGGUCGAGUUAUGCCUA